AUGGGAUUAUCAGAUAGAGUUAAAAGUGUUCAACAACAUCAACAACAACAACAACAACAACAUUCAACUCAUGAUGAACAUCAUACAACCAAUACAAAUGAUAUAAUAAUACCAUUAAGUAAAAAUGAUCACGUAAACAAAGAACAACAAGAAGAAGAAGAUUGUGAUGUUUGUACAGUAUUGGGAGUAUCAGACAAGAAGAAACAAAUGUUUGAUAUCAUUAGUGGUGGAAUGGGAAUGUUUAAUGGUAAAGGAAUCAGUGAAGAUUCAUCUUUUUGGGAACCAAUGGGAGAACCAUUGGAUUUAAUCGAUCUUGGACACAGUGGAUGGAAUAUGUUACAUACAAUGGCUGCAUACUAUCCCGAUAAACCAACCGAUACUAAAAAGAAAGAGAUGACUGAAUUCCUACACUCAUUUUCAAAGGUCUAUCCAUGCAAAGACUGUGCACAAGACUUUCAGGGUAUUCUUAGAGACACUCCACCCAAACUAGACAACCAAAAAGAGUUUUCCAAAUGGAUGUGUGACUCUCAUAAUCAUGUAAAUAAUCUUCUAGGUAAACCAUUAUUCGAUUGUAAUCUGGUUGAUAAAAGAUGGAAAAGAAAUAUAACUCCUCAUUAA